AUGUCGCUAUUUGGAGGAGGAAGUGCCUUUGGGUCGACCAACACCGGUGGAGGGCUUUUUGGCCAACAGCAGCAGCAACAACAACCUCAACAACAACAGCCCAGUUUGUUCGGAAACACGGGCGGAACUGGGACGACUGCACCUCUGCAAGCUCAGCCCACUCAGCCCGCUUUUGGUGCUAGUACUACGACGGGUACGAGUGGAGGAGGGCUUUUUGGUUCGACUAACGCCUCGACCAACACGGGCGGUGGGUUGUUUGGCAACACUGGCCAGCAGAAUACGAACACGGGGACUGGUACGACUGGAGGGCUGUUUGGGAACACGAGCACUACGGGCACGGGGACAGGUGGAGGGCUGUUUGGGAAUACGAAUACGAACCAACAGCAGGGCACGACUGGUGGAGGUCUAUUUGGGAACACCAAUACGAACCAACAGCAGGGUACGACGGGUGGAGGUCUGUUUGGGAACACCAAUGCCAAUCAACAGCAACAGCAGCAACCUGCGACUGGAGGUGGACUUUUCGGUUCGACCACGACACAGCAACCUGCCACUGGAGGCGGUCUGUUCGGCAACACGCAGCAGCAGCAGCAGAAUACGGGUGGUGGGCUGUUCGGGAAGCCAGCUGGAGGGGGACUGUUUGGAUCCACCAGUACCACGACGAAUACUGGAGGGGGAUUGUUUGGGAAUACGCAGCAGCAACAGCAGCAGCAACAACAACAACAGCCUCAACAACAACAAGGUUUCGGUGGUCUCUUUGGCCAGUCGACCAACACCGGUGCGGGUACUGGAUCGCUCUUUGGCAACAAGAGCACACUAGGCACGAGUGCGCUCGGUCAGCCGGGUGCCACGGGUACUGGAACAGGAGGGCUGUUGGGCACCUCAACGCUCGGUACGAGCAGUUUGUUACCGUCGCGAUCUGGUUUGGGAAUGGGCGGAUCAGUGUUAAGCCCAUCGAAUGGCACCACCAUGGAGAGCAAGAUCGAAGCGAUUUACAAUGCGUGGAAUCCUGCUUCACCGCUUUGUAGGUUCCAGCAUCCCUUCUAUAAUCUCGUCAAUCCGAACGAAGUAGGGCUGUAUGGACGACCACCCAACGUCCUCAACGAUGCAGUGUGGGAGAAGGCCGUUCAGGGUAACCCUGAUCCUAAAUGCUUCGUCCCAGUAGUCGCCAUCGGGUUCGACGACCUCCGUGAACGCGUCGACGGUCAAUCCAAAAAAGCAACCGAACAGUCUCAAAUGUUAUCCGACCUCAAACAACGCCUCGCCGCUCUCUCCACGAAACACGACGUCUCCAACGUAUCCCGGCUCCAACGCGCGUCGGUGCAACAGGCUCAAAUCACUCAUCGCCUUUUGAAGUUGAUCCAGCAUCUGCAUUUGUUGAUUCCGGCGGUGAGGAGUAGUAGUAUACGGCCUGAGGAGGAGCAGUUGAGGGGCAAGUUGGAGGAGGUGGAGGAUGAGGGGAAGAACGUGGGCGGGGGAGAGUGGGCUGUUGUGGAUGAGGAGGGGAUGGCGCAGAUUGUUCAGGUUUUGAAAGAACAACAAAUCGGACUUGCGCAUCUUACGAAUAUCCUGCAGAAAAACCAGAAGGAUGUGGCAAUUGUGUUGGGUCAGUCGAAUUCGGAUGACCUACAGGAUGGAGAGAGUUUGUGGAGUUCGACUAGUACGCUUCGUGCUAGUGCUUUGCGAUAG